UUUAUUUUUCUUCCCUUUGUGUUUCUCAGCUGAAAUAAUACCAAACCCAAAAAGAAAAAAGUACCUUGAAAUCUCUCUUGAAACUUCUUCGUUUUCUCAUCCCAAACUAAAAUUAAAAAUAAAAUUCCCCCCAAUUUCUUUUUUCUUUUUUUAAAAAUCCCUUCUUUUCUCUCCAUUAAAUUCGCUCAAGCUCUCCCUCAAUCCAAUUUAAACACUUAUUUUCUCUAGAUUGAGCUUGAUGAUCUAGGGUUUUUUUUUUAAAAUUUUCAGCUUUCAAUUAUUAUUCUAAAACCGAAAUUUUGUUGUUUGGGGGAUAAGAAAAUCGAAAAAGAAUCAUGGAAAUGGAGAUAGUAGGUGAUGUGGCAUCUCUUGACCCUGAUUUACUUCAGCUCCCUGAGCUCUCUCCUUUAGCUCUCAAAUCCAAUCCUUUUCUCGCUGAACAGCUCUUCUCUCUUUGGCUUUCCCUCCCAGAAACUGGUCGCCUGGUUAAGAAUCUGCUUGCUGAUGUGAAAACGGGGACGUCCACUGGGAAUUCCAUGAGUAUUAAUGUUUCUACAACCAAUUCGUUGCCUUCCAUGUUUCCUGCUGCAAGUACUCCUCCGCUAUCACCUCGUAGUACUUCGGGUUCUCCUCGUACUGUCAAACAACGGUCUGGUCUUUCUUCUUUAGGCUCGCCUCUUAAAAUAGUUAGUGAACCAGUCCGUGAAGUCAUACCCCAGUUUUACUUUAAAAAUGGUCGUCCACCUCCAAACGAAUUGAAAGAGCUGUGCUUGUUUGCGAUUGAUAAGCACUUUUAUGGUCAUUUGGGAUUGCAGAUUCAUGAGUUUAAGGCGGUAACUAAAGAGAUUUGCAAGUUACCAUCUUUUUUCUCCACCGCUCUGUUUAGGAAAAUUGAUAUCAACAAUAGAGGUAUUGUGACCGGGGAUCAAUUUGUCAAUUAUUGGAUUGGAGGCAACAUGUUAACAGUGGAUUUAGCAACCCAAAUAUAUACAAUUCUUAAGCAACCUGAUUGCAGAUACCUUACUCAGGAUGAUUUCAGACCCCUUUUACAUGAACUUUUGGCAUCUCAUCCAGGGUUGGAGUUUUUACAAAGUACCCCAGAAUUUCAGGAAAGAUAUGCUGAAACUGUCAUAUACAGAAUAUUUUACUAUAUAAAUAGAUCAGAAACGGGUCGUCUUACCCUCCGGGAGUUGAAGCGUGGGAACUUAAUUGCUGCAAUGCAGCAUGUGGAUGAAGAGGAAGAUAUUAACAAAGUAUUAAGGUACUUCUCUUAUGAACACUUCUAUGUAAUAUACUGCAAGUUUUGGGAGCUCGACACCGACCAUGAUUUUUUGAUAGACAAAGAGAACCUUAUCAGAUAUGGUAACCAUGCUCUUACCUACCGGAUUGUUGAUAGAAUUUUUUCUCAGGUUCCAAGGAAAUUUAGAAGUAGGGUUGAGGGAAAAAUGGGCUAUGAAGAUUUUGUUUACUUUAUAUUGUCAGAGGAGGAUAAAUCUUCAGAACCUGGUCUGGAGUACUGGUUUAAAUGCAUUGAUUUAGAUGGAAAUGGGGUGCUCACACCGAAUGAAAUGCAAUUCUUUUAUGAGGAGCAGUUACAUCGGAUGGAGUGUAUGACCCAAGAACCAGUGCUAUUUGAGGAUAUAUUGUGCCAGAUUUUUGACAUGAUUGGACCAGAGAAUGAGGGGUACAUCACUCUACGUGACUUAAAGGGAUGCAAACUUUCUGGAAAUGUAUUCAAUAUUCUUUUCAAUCUCAAUAAGUUUAUUGCUUUUGAAAGUAGGGAUCCUUUUCUUAUUCGUCAGGAGCGUGAAAAUCCAACAUUGACAGAGUGGGAUCGCUUUGCACAUAGAGAAUAUAUCAGGCUUUCUAUGGAAGAAGAUGUCGAGGAUGCUUCAAAUGGAAGCGGGGAUAUCUGGGAUGAAUCAUUUGAAGCUCCCUUUUGAAAUUAGUUAGGUAUGUUGACAAGAGGUGGUUGUUGUUGUUGUUGUAAAUACAUGAGAGUGAAAAUUGUUGUUUUCUUUUCCAGGUAUUUUUUUUUAAUUGCAGAAAUGAUAAAUUACAAGUUUUAUGUCUAGAUGAUUCAUAUCGGGUGGUCAUGUUACUGAAAUCAUUAUGAAUGAGUAUAAAUUUGAAGAAAUUAGAGUA